CCCCUCCUCCCACCACCCAACCCCCCUCCCCCAGCAGCCGCCGCAGCCGAAAAAGAGAGAGCAGGGAGCGAGUAGGGCGAGGAAGAAGCCACCGAAUCCGUCUCCUCCUCCCUCGCGGGGUCGUCGCUAACCUCUCCGAGGCCUCCGACAUGGCGUUUGCGACGAAUUGGCUCGGUCCUGACAGGCGUUUGCAAUGAAUCGGUUUGGUUCAGACGAUUGCUACUGGCAACCAACUACACCUAAUCUCACUCUUUAGAAAGGUGCAGGCGAACGCUGCGUCAGGCAUGGCUGUGGACGACGAAUGCAAGCUCAAGUUCCUGGAGCUGAAGGCGAAGCGAACCCACCGCUUCAUCAUCUACAAGAUAGACGAUAAGAAGAAGAUGGUUGUUGUGGAGAAAGUCGGCGAGCCUGCCCUGAACUAUGAGGACUUCGCCGCCAGCCUCCCCACCAAUGAAUGCAGAUACGCGAUAUUCGACUACGACUUUGUCACCGAGGAGAACUGCCAGAAGAGCAAGAUAUUCUUCGUCGCAUGGUCUCCUGACACGGCACGCGUGAGGAGCAAGAUGAUCUACGCGAGCUCCAAGGAGAGGUUCAAGAGGGAGCUCGACGGCAUCCAGGUGGAGCUGCAGGCGACAGACCCGACCGAGGUCGGCUUUGAUGUGAUCCAAGGCCGUGCCAACUGAGCACCAUGGCCGUGCUGCUGCUUACCUUAAGUAUGAGCCUCUGAUGAGGAUUUAGCGCGCUCGCCGAGGCUGGUCAUGAGCUGUUUACCAUGAGGCAAUUGUGAUUGAGUUGCCAGUAUGUACCACCUAAGGAAGAUGUAAGCUGUGACUGGUGCGACGACAAAUGUAUCCUUUCUGGUUGUUGA